AUGUGACAUUCUGUCUGCUACAUUCUCUGGUGGCCUCACUUCUCCCAGACUUCAUCCUUGAUAAUUUAAAAUAUUAUCCUCAUAGCUGAUACAAUUCUUCUGCCUUUCUACACUGGCCAAUAUCUGGCCACUUAAGACCCUGAAAUGAAUGUUUGCUUCUGUUUCCUCUAAGCAUCCGAGUCUCAAAGUAUAUGCAAAGAUUUAUGGCUGAACAAGAUGCAGAGAAUGGGUGACACAUGACUAUUCAGUCAUAAACAGCUACCCUCUGUAAAGCUCAGGGGACAUUGCAGAAGAAGAGCCAUAAAGAAUGCAAGAGUCAGAAAAGAAGGAGAAGGGCUGUAAAAUAAGAUCUGGGAAAAGGGAGUGAGACAUUUAGUCCAGAUCAGGACCAGAAUCUCUAACUAUUGGUUCAGCCCUGAAAACAAGGGUCAAUCAAAAUGAAGUUGCUUCUUUGGGCCUGCGUCAUGUGCGUCGCUUUUGCAAAGAGGAGGCGUUAUCCCUUCAUUUAUAAGAAAUCACCCUCACCCAGUGAAGAGGAUUACUAUGGAAAUCGCUACCCACUUACUCCAUCUCUCAAUAUCCCAUUCGGCUUAUGGAAUGAUAAUUUACCACCUUUCCUUUUGCCUCCUCUUGACGUUCACCAAGGAAAUGCCAUCACCAAAUUCUCUGGAAAUCCUGAAGCUGAAAGAGGGCUAACUCCGUACCCUUGGAUUCCUACUUCUUCUAAAGUUCGCUAUAUAUACCAAAACCCUAGUUAUCCCACAGAUCCUGCAGCAGCUGCUCCUCCUCCUCCAGUGCCUCCUCCCAGGGCAUACCCCUUUGUCAUACCUCCAAAGAUUUCUGUUUCAUCUGUUGCAGCUGAACCUGCAGCAGCGCCCCCGGCAGCAGCGCCUGCUGUAGGCGAGGGUCUGGUACCUGAGUUCUCUAUGGACAAAACUAUUUCUGGCCUGCCUCCUGCAAUCAAACUUGAACCACCACCUGCUGAACCCAAACCUCCUGCAGCGGAGCCUGCUCUAGGCCAAUUUGGUGCUGGCGCGCCUGAGACUGCUCCAGCCCAGUUUGGUGGACUUGAACCUGCUCCUGCCCCAUCUGGGGCCGCUGAGCCUGCUGCAACCCACCCCGUGAUACCUGAACCCGCUCCACCCCAAUCUGUGGCUGCAGCCCAGGCUGUACCAGGGGAAAACCCUGCAGACCAGUCUGCUGAAAACAAACCUGCUUCAGGUGAGCCUGCUGUAGCCCCGCCUAUACCAGUUGAGCCGGCUGCAGGCCAGGCUGCCGAAGCCAAGCCUCCUGCAGCUGAGGCUGCUGCCGCCCAAGCUCCUGCAACUGAACCUAUUGCUAUUGCGGGCCAGUCUGUUGUGGGAAAGCUUAUUCCAGCUGAACCUACCGAAGCCAAAGUGGAGGCACCUGAGCCUGUUGAGGCCAAACCUGGUAGCCAAGAGCCGCAGCCUUUUCUGUUUUACCAGGUAGAGAAGUGAGAUUUUCUGGAGAAGAGAGUUUCUAUACCGAUGAACAAAUCAAAGAAAUCUAAAUGUUCUUUCUUUUCUCAACCAAUAGUUUACUAUGUUUUAUUAAAACUAUCAGUCUCUCCAUA